AUGAGUUUCCUGUUCGGCAAGAAAAAGACUCCCGCUGAGCUCCUGCGGGAGAAUAAGAGGAUGCUUGAUAAAUCCAUCAGGGAAAUCGAGAGGGAGAGACAGGGUUUACAAGCACAAGAAAAGAAACUGAUUGUGGAGAUUAAAAAAAGUGCAAAGCAAGGACAGAUGGGAGCUGUCAAGGUGAUGGCCAAAGAUCUUAUCAGAACACGACAUCAGGUAGAAAAAUUUUACAAGCUCAAAUCGCAACUUCAAGGCGUGUCCCUCAGAAUCCAGACGUUGAAAUCUACACAAGCAAUGGGGGAGGCAAUGAAAGGUGUCACAAAGGCUAUGGGCCAAAUGAACAGGCAGAUGAAUUUACCAAAUUUACAGAAAAUAAUGCAAGAAUUUGAGAGGCAGAAUGAGAAGAUGGAACUUACUAGUGAAGUCAUGGGAGAUGCCAUUGACGAUGCUUUGGAAGGAGACGAGGAAGAAGAAGAGACAGAAGAGUUAGUGAAUCAAGUUCUUGAUGAGAUUGGAAUUGACAUUAAUUCUGAACUUGUUAAUGCACCCUCCUCCACUGUAGCUGCCCCGGCUGCAAAGAAUAAGGUUCCACAAGCUGAAGCAACAGGAAAUGAUGACGGUGGGAUAGACAGUGACCUGCAGGCCAGGUUAGACAAUUUGAGAAAGAUGUAG